AUGUCCAAACCUUUUGAAAAGAAAGAUGAAGAUAACGAUGCAAAUCACGACGUACAAGCUCCUGAUGGAGGUUGGGGAUGGAUUGUAGUAGUGGGUGCAGUGAUAAUUCACCUUCUAAUCGGAGGUGCUGUAAACACAUUUGGUGUAUUAUACGUUGAAUUAUUGGAAUUAUUCCACGAGAAUGCAAGUAAAACAGCUUGGGUUGGUUCCGUGGCUAACGCAAUGGCCUUAAUUUUCAGUCCACUCUCAAGUGCGUUGAGCACAAGGUUUUCCUGUCGCUCAAUGACUGUAGUCGGAGGGGUGUUUACGUCUAUUGGUUGGCUCACCACAGGAUUUAUGCCUAAAAUAGAGUAUAUGUUUUUAACUUACGGCCUUGUAGCAGGUAUUGGAAAGUCAUUGGCAAACAUCUCAAGUAUUAUAAUAGUAGGGAGAUGGUUUGAUAAAAGAAGAUCACUCGUUAACGGUCUUGCAACAGCUGGGUCAGGAGUAGGGACUUUUAUUUUUGCACCACUUUUGGAAUUUCUCCUGAGGAAAUACGGUUUCCAAGGAACAAUGCUGGUUAUGAGCGGUGUAAUGUUAAAUAUGUGUGUCUGUGGAUCUUUAUUUCUUUCUGUCCCCAAAAGCGCAAAGCACAAAGUAUCUAGUUUGGAAGGGAUUUCAAAUAAAGUAUUUACAAAUGAUGAAUCGACUGAUUUCGCUGUGGCUGCUGUUCAGGAAAGGAUUCAAAACAAAUCAGUCAACGAAAUUUCUAAUACAAUUAUAUCAGAGAAACUGAUCAAUGACAACAAUGAUAAAAAGUGCCGACAAUCAAUUAUUGAAAAAAACAAAACUGUAAAAGAUUAUUUCGAUUACACAUUACUGACAAAUAAUCGCUUUCUUUGUUUAUGUAUAUCUUUUAUGUUAGCAACGCUUGGCCACUCACCUGCAUCUAUUAUGUUGCCAGCCUUGGCAAUGCAAUUCAGUAUAAGAUCGAAGGAUGCAGCCAUCCUUUUGUCUAUAUCUGGGAUAGCGGAUAUUAUUGGACGUAUAAUGCUUGGAAUUUUAUGUGACAUUAAGUUUUUUAAGAAGAAUCGACAGAACUUGUAUGUGAUUGCUAUUUUCACAAGUGGCGUUUCUAGCAUAUGUUGUGUAUUUGCCAGCCAAUAUUGGCACUUUGUGUUAUAUUCCUGUAUUUUAGGAUUAUUUGCUGGCGGCUCAUACAAUGUGUUGCCACCAGUUAUUUUAGUGGACCUUCUCGGAAUAGAGAAUCUGGCCAGCUCAUGUGGUAUAGCUCUGUUAUUUCAAGGUCUUGGAUUCCUCGUUGGUCCACCUAUGGCAGGAUUUUUGACAGACAAGUUCGGCGCAUAUCAAUCCGGAUUUUACUUUGCAGGAGUUUCUAUGGUUACUAGUUCUAUUGUCGUAAUUCUCCCGGCUAUUUUUGAGAGACUGAAUAGAUCCAAAUACGAAAUAGAUAUAGCUGACAGAAAAGUUAAUGACUUUGAUUUAGCUGAACACAUAAAGAAUGAAACCAAGAUAUCAUCGGAAAUAACGAUGAUCAGGCUACAUGAAAGAUGAACUUGACAUAAGACAAAUCCAAAAUGUUAUCAUGUCAUAAUUAAUACAGAGAAAUUGAAAAUAAUCACUGGACAUUUAUGCAAUACAUAAUUGACACCGUUUUUUUUAAAUAAUUAUUGUAAAACUUAUUGUCGUAUUUGAAUAUUCAAAAUAAGACAAUGCGUGACAAAACCACGCAUCAAUAUUUUCGAUAUACACAUACGGCGAUUAUUUGUACUU